UGUGGAGAGCAACAACUCGUCGCACUUUCUCGAGAAAAUCCCUCUCUCUCUCUCUCUCGCCUCUCUUUGUGGAUCGAUUGCAAUGGCUGAAAGUGGAGUGGGAUGCAAAUGCGCGGGAGAGAAAAUAUUCUGCAGCUUCAGAGGAGCGCGUUUCGAAAAGAGGAAAAGCAGAAAGAACCUUAAAAACGAUUAUGCUGUUCCUCUCUUCAGAAAGGGGCUUUUCAGAGGGCGAUCCGUGGCCGGAAAUCGCCGCAUUUUGAGCAUGGAUGCUAGAGAGAAAUCAAGAGCCACAAUAUUGCAGUCAUCAAGACAAAAGAGGGUUCCCAUCUUUGUCAUGAUGCCCAUUGACUCAUUUGCUAUUGACACUUAUGGGGUUCCAAGAAUUAGAAAAAUCAAGGCCUUAACUAUAUCUUUGAAAGCGCUCAAGUUGGCAGGUGUCCAUGGAAUUGCAGUUGAGGUUUGGUGGGGAAUUGUAGAGCGUUGUUCUCCUUGUACAUAUAAUUGGUCUCUCUAUGAAGAGCUUUUUAGACUGAUAUCUGAGUCAGGGUUGAAGUUGCAUGUUGCCUUGUCUUUUCACUCAAACGUGCACUCAUUAUCUAGAGAGAAAGGGGGAGUUAGUCUUCCAUUGUGGAUUUUAGAGAUAGGUGAUCUCAAUAAGGAUAUAUAUUAUCGCGACCAAAAUGGAUUUUCAAAUGAUGAUUAUCUUACGCUAGGGGUGGACCAUGCCCCUUUAUUUUUUGGCCGGACUGCCAUUCAAUGUUAUGAAGACUUCAUGUUCAGUUUUGUUAACAAAUUUGAAUCAUUUAUUGGAAGUGUAAUUGAAGAAAUAAGUGUUGGUCUUGGUCCUUCUGGAGAGCUUAGGUAUCCUGCACAUCCUUUCGGAGAUGGUAGAUGGAGAUUCCCUGGAAUUGGUGAAUUUCAGUGUUAUGACAAAUAUAUGAUGGAGGACUUGAAGAUGUCCGCUUGCCAGGAAGGAAAGCCUCAAUGGGGAGAUAAAGGCCCACAGAAUGCAGGGUUCUAUAAUAGUCUUCCAUCUGGCGUUCCUUUCUUUGAAGAGGGACAAGAAAGCUUUCUUUCUGAUUAUGGUCGUUUUUUCCUUGAAUGGUACAGUGGUAGCCUAAUUCGUCAUGCAGAUGCUGUUCUUGCUAAAGCAGCAAAUAUGUUGAAGAAGUACAAAGAAAGCAGGAAUGCUUCUGUUUUGUUAGUGGCUAAAAUUGGUGGAAUUUACUGGUGGUACCAAACAGUAUCACACCCUGCUGAACUUACAGCUGGUUACUACAAUACUGCUCUAAGGGAUGGUUAUGAUCCUGUCGCUUCAGUGUUGUCUCGUCAUGGGGCUGCUUUGCAUAUUUCCUGCCUAGAAAUGACUGACAGUGAAACUUAUCCAACCUAUCUUUGCAGCCCUGAAGGAUUACUGCAACAGUUACGAAAAGUGUCAAAGAAGAGGAUAAUACAGUUGACUGGAAGAAAUAGCAAUGAGCGGUUUGACAAGGCUGGACUAUGGCAAAUACAUGCAAACUGUUACCAUCCCCAGGAUGAAGGUGUAAGAUCAUUUACUUAUUUCAGAAUGAAUCAUAAGAUUUUCAGGGUGGAGAACUGGAAUAACUUUGUCCCGUUUGUAAGAAAGAUGAGUGCAGAUGUGUAAGAUAACUUCAAAUCAGUUUAUUCAUUUAGUGUUACUGAUAACAUGAGCUAUAAUCUUGGAGCCCCUGCAUUUUUUUGGGGGUAAUCUUUGGCAGAUUUACUGACA